UUUCAUAUUUCUAAAGAAUGGGUUUUUUUUUCUUCUUCGUGGAACCACGUGGAGAGGCAUGCGUGUAUUCAUCGCUGUACGGUCUUGGAUUCAAAUCGCCCAUUUUGUUGUGACCUCGAAAAAUGAAGUCGACGACAAAAUCUGCGAAAAUUCUCGGUGCCCAUCUGACGACAGAAUUAGACGUCCAGACAACCAUUGGCGGAUACGUUAACUCCCCAAGGAUCACAAGUUAAUCAUUGUGAAGAAAGUUUCUAAGCAGUUGUUUAAAAAAAGAAAGAAGAUUCGUUUGUUUAAGGAGUGUUCCACGAACAAGGAUGACGUUUUUCUUGAUUUAGCACAAAAGACGCUGUGAAUCACCGCCACAAGGAGGAUGCUAGAGAGGAUACUAUUGGUUUUACUUUCUGUUAUUGGAUCUACGCUACAAAGAUCAUUAUAUAGCACCAAUUAUUUUUUGCGCGACUAUGGCUAUCCAGAAGAGAAUCUAGGUAUUGAUAGGAGAUUUUACAAAGAAGGCGACAUUAGAUUAACAUUGCCGAGGAAGCCAGACGUAAUGCAGAGAAAACGGCGUUGGUGGUUUCAAGCGCAGCACAAAGAGGUUUUCGGUAGACGAAAUGCAGUACGAGAUAUAUAUGCCACGUGGCUUAACAGAACCGUUCCUUACAUUAUAUCAGCGGCAUAUGAUAAAGAUCAAAGGAACGAAAUGCUGGGAGCCAUGAACGAGUUCGAGGCUAAUACAUGUAUCCGGUUCCGGCCUCGAAGAAGAGAGCCUGACUAUAUCAAUAUUAAACCUGAGGGAAGUUGCUCAAGUGCAGUGGGACGACAGGGUGGAGAGCAGACGGUUUCCAUCGGGGCAGGAUGCAACCGGAAGGGCACCAUCAUGCACGAGCUAAUGCACGCGCUGGGCUUUUGGCACGAGCACAGUCGUCCAGACCGAGGCCGCUAUAUCACCAUAAUGUGGGACAACAUUCCCGAGGAACACGAAAGUAACUUUAAGUCGUACUCGACGGAAGAGAUAGAUACACUGGGUGCCCCUUACGACUAUGGAUCUAUCACCCAUUAUAAAAACAACACGUUCGCCAAGGAUCGAAACAAGCCAACGAUCACCGCCAAACAUCCAUUACCGCCAGGGGUCGAGAUGGGGCAGAGACUGAAACUUUCAGAUAUUGAUAUUCUGAAAAUCAACAGACUAUACCGGUGCAAUAUAACCCACUGUCCUGACGCCGGGGCGCCAAAGGGCGGAUAUAGAAAAGGGGACGAUUUUUCAGUGUCAAAAACUGUAUCUUACUACUGUCACUCUGGCUACACGCUGGUGGGGAGUCAUCAGAGAUACUGCAUGGACAUUGGACAGUGGACGGGGAACCUACCCAUGUGUUUCCGUGAGUUUGCAAACAAGAGUGGGAAACUGAAAUACUGUAAUUUCGAUCGGGGUGGGAUUUGUGACGGCUGGAAACAGGACACCACAGAUGACACACAGUGGAAACUCACCAAUAGACACACGCCCUCUGAAAAUACUGGGCCUAAGGAUGACCACACCAUGGGUACACAGGAAGGAUAUUACAUAUUUCUAGAAAGUUCUACUCCAUGUAAAGAAGGGAUGAAAGCAAGAUUAAUAUCGCCAACAUUUUCAUUCUCAGACACACAAGCAUGCCUAUUGUUUUAUUACAACAUGUUCGGUAAGACCAUGGGAACACUGAACGUCUACCAGCGUAUCGGCGGUAAGAACGUCUUGAAGUAUACCAGAUCUGGUAACUAUGGACCUGACUGGGAGCCAGCCGUCAUUGCCCUGGAACAGUACAGCCAGUUUGAGAUUAUCUUUGAAGCUGUGGCCGGGAGUAGCUUCACGAGCGACGUGGCUCUAGAUGAUAUAGUAGUUGGGUCAUGUGACAGCCUAGUGCCUCAUUUCAAAAAUCUGCUGUCCAUCAACAUGUCCUGUGACUUCAACAGUGGCCUUUGUGGAUUCAUCCAAGCAAACGAUGACGUCUUUGACUGGCAACUCAAAUCGGGUCCAACAUCUACAAUACUGACUGGACCAGAAUGCGACCAAAGUAACUGUAGUCACGGCAAAUAUCUGUACACAGAAGCGUCAUCACCGAGAGUGCAGGGGGACACUGCCAGGAUUGUGUCGCCAAUGCUCAUGGGUGGGAGCGCCAUGUGUCUAUCGUUCCUGUUCCACAUGUACGGUAUCACCAUGGGGACGCUGAACGUUUACAUCAAGGAGUACAACGCAGCAAGGAAACUCGUCUGGACGCGAUCUGGUGACCAUGGAAACAAGUGGCAGAAAGAAUAUAUUGAUUUUAACCCAAGAACCAUGUAUAAAAUAAUAUUUGAAGGUCUAAGAGGUUCCAGUUAUAGAAGCGAUGUUGCUAUCGAUAAUUUCGAUGUUCAGCCCGGAACAUGCGCAGACGUCCUGUAUUUCAACUGUGACUUUGAGCAAGAUCUGUGUGGUUGGAAGAACGUACCCAUUCCAUCGGACAGCUUCGACUGGACCCGCAAACAAGGACCCACGUGGACUGGUGGAACCGGACCAUCCACAGACCACACAAAACAAACCGUUUCAGGUUAUUAUAUGUACAUCGAGACGUCCCUCCAGCCUUCAGGCACAUUUGCUCGGCUCGUAUCCCCGAAGAUUACGGACGAGCCGACUGGCUACUGCAUCCAGUUCUGGUACCACAUGUAUGGGUUGGACGUGAAGGCCCUCAAGAUCAUCCGACAGUCGGUGGAGAAGAGGGGGGAAAAACAGCUGUGGCAGACCACGGGGCAGCACGGAAACUGGUGGAGGAGACAGAGACUCUUCGUGGGAAGUUCAGGACAGGAUUUUAGGAUCCUUAUUGAAGCGACUGCAGGCGGACACCGAGGAGAUAUCGCCAUUGACGACGUAUCAAUCCAGACAGGAUCCUGCUACAGUUACGACGCAAAGACAAUGCAUAACUUCCCCUUUGUGCAGCUACACGGACGAUAAUUGGAUAUGCGAAAACCACGUUAUUUGUUAUAACAAUUCUAACUGGACCAAGUGUGACAUGUGAUCGUCUUUUAAAGAUACCAAUGUGCGUGCGAUGCUUCUUCAAAUGACUGAGAGUUGGAGUUUCGUUGUUUUUGGUCGCACAAAAAGGAAAUAUAUUGUAAAUUCUAUGCUAUUCUGAGUUGUGUAACCUUUUGCCUUUUAUAGGACUAAUUCCAUUAUUUUCAAGCUAUGAAUGUCGAUGCUGUGGAUGCUAUUAAAUGAUACUGUACAGGCAGCACGUAAAAAAGGAUUUGUUGUAAAUAUUUGAUGAUGGAAUCACAGGACGUUGGAUUGCAGUAACAAAAUGGAUGUUGAAAGUAUUAUAUAUACUGUUGCUGCUAUGUAGAACGGAUCCACCGACCUUAGGAUUGAUCCAAAUACUGUGGUAUUGCUUAACCAUGUAUCUUACACGAGUUUAUUUUAGAAAUACAAAUUUAUGAAAUGUUGAUGUCAUCAAGGGCAAGAUCCGGCGGAACUAGGGGAUAAAGGAUGGAGUGUAUUGGGCGACUUCUCGCACCCAUGAAAUCUGCCUUGGAAACGUUUUAGUAGAACAUACCCUUACCAUCUGACAAUGUUCAUCAGAGUUGUCCAUCAACACCACUGUGUCUGUUAUGUCGACAUUAUAUAAUUAACAACUGUUAUUAUUGACACUAUGAACUUCUACAGAGUAUUUAUAUUAUCCAUAUGAUACAAAUAAAAUCGUAAUAUCUG